CACACGUGCAAUGUUGAAGGCGUUCAGAAGAAGCUACAGCUCAGCGGAGGCUGCGUUGGGCAGACUGACAGAUCGACAGCUGCUCCAGCAGGCCACGCGGUGAGGCACGACGUGUGAACGAUAGCCGAUGCAGUCUCUCUCCAUGCUCAGAGUCUCCGCUUCUCCUCCCCCACGGGACUGCGCCGUGUACUGCGGGUUCGACCCCACGGCCGCCUCUCUGCAUGUAGGCCAUCUCCUGACGAUAUCGGCUCUUCUCCACUGCAGACAGAGCGGCCUGCAUCCCAUCGCUGUGGUCUGUAGCUAGCUGCAACCGUCUCCUCUUCACACAUUGACGUCAUUGUGCAGGUGGGCGGGGCUACAGGUAGAGUGGGGGACCCAAGUGGGCGUGUCACCGAGAGGGAGGAGGUGGAGAGAGACAACUUGAGAACCAAUGCAGCCAGCAUCAUCGAUUGCCUCGAGAGAAUCUUUCAUAAUGACCAGAAAAUGAGAGGGGCAGGUCCCGAUAUCAGAGUGGUGGACAACUGGAGCUGGUGGAAGGAUGUUGGUGCUGUGGAGUUUGUGUCUGACAUUGCGAGACCGUUCAGAGUAGCCAGCAUGUUGGCAAAAGAAAGUGUGUCUCAGAGGAUGAGUAGCGAGGAGGGAAUGAGCUGUGCUGAGUUCCUCUAUCCUCUCUUCCAGGCAUUCGACUUCCUCCAUCUUCAUACCAAACACAACUGCUGGCUUCAGGUAGGAGGUGGAGACCAGUGGGGCAACAUUACCUCUGGCUGUGAGUUUGUCAGGAAGAAGACAGGACACCUGGUCCAUGGAGUGACUGUCCCUCUGCUGACGACGUCGUCGGGAGACAAACUGGGGAAGACUGCAGGGAACGCAGUGUGGCUGACUGGCUCCAGCUACCCUCUCUACCAGUUCCUCCUCCAGACUGGGGACCACGACGUGGCAACCUGCCUCCACAGACUCACCUCCCUACCUCCAGAGGAGGUGGACGUCAUUAUGCAGCAACACACGACUGCCCCAGAGAGUUUCCUGGCCCAGAAAAGACUGGCUGAGGAGGUGACUCGACUGGUACAUGGAGGUGGGUGGGGCUACGCUAAGGAAUGUGGUAAUUGUGUUGACUGUAGCGGAGGGACUGACACACGCGGAGACUGCGACAAAGGCUCUAUUUGGAGACCACCAUUCUCUGAGGUCUCUUACCAGUGAGCUCUGAUUCCCUCCCUCCCGCUUUCCUGUUCCAAAACUGCAGGUGAUGAGCUACUCAACCUCUUCAGUCAUGUUCCAACCACACAGCUCAACUUUGACCACCUCAGCAGCGACACAACAGUCAGCGAAAUUGCUGUGCAGGCGAAAGUUGUUAAAUCUGAAUUUGCAGUUCAUCAGCUGCUGUCUACUGGAGGGCUGUAUGUGAAUGGAGACAGAGUGGCGGAGAAUGAGACAUUCCUUCCCUCGCUCCACAUGUUGCCUGGCAACCUGACUGUCUUCAGAGUCGGCAAAAAGACUCAUCAUCUCAUUCAAUGGACACACUAGCUGAACCUUGCGCUCCACACACAGAAUAUCUGCUGCUUAAGAUCAUCAUCAUGACUGACUGUAAUGCUGUAACAUUUGAAGCUUUGUUCUUCCCACUCCUCUAUCAUCUAUUACUGAUCAGCUCUCUAAAUCACACUUCUGUAUUGAAUACUUACGAA